AUGGCUAGGGAAACCUUGUCACUCGUAAGCCACCACCUCAAGAGGGCGGUGAAGAAAAUCAACCUGAUUUUACUCAGCUUCAAAUUAAACCGAUUGCGGUUAGCUUCGAUCCUUGGUUGCGCUUCUCGAGCUUCUACGCGGCAUUGUUUGAGCUUCAAUGACCGGUUGGGGCUUUACAGCUGCAUUGAAGACGAAAAUACUCAUGGGAAUCAGCGCGGUUUGAGAAGGGUUCAAAGCACGAGGACCCAUGAUCGUCCGAGGGAUCAGGAUUCGGACGAUCACGAUGACGAUGAUGUCAAUCGCAGGGCUGAUGUUUUUAUAGCAAAUUUUCGCCGGCAGCUGAUGUUUGAGAGGCAGGUUUCUUUGCAGCUAAGGUACUGCAGAGAAGAGAGUUUUUAG